UUCUCUUUCACACUUCCCUUUUGUCAGUCCUUGGGUUCUGAGUUUUUCACUAUUUUUUGGGUUCAGUUUUACAGUAGUGCCAUUUUCCAAAAUCAGCAUCUUUCUGGGUCCUUCUCCUUUUUCUCUCUCCCACCCACUUCCACCUCUUCUCAAAUUCGAAAUCUUUCAGCUCGAUCUGCUGAUUUUCCCGGUACAUUUUCCACUUUUCAUCUUCCACCAAGGUUACUGCAUUUACUGUUGUUUCAUUCUUGGCUAUCUUAAUUGGGUUGGGAGCUGGGAAUGGAAGUAGAAUGAGCCUUCAAGUUAGGCAGUGAUGCAUGUUAGGGAACAUUAAUAUUCUGAAUAAUGUCGAGGAUCACCAAGUGGAAGAUCGAGAAGACAAAAGUGAAGGUGGUUUUCCGGCUGCAAUUUCAUGCUACACAUAUUCCACAAUCUGGAUGGGAUAAACUGUUUAUCUCUUUCAUCCCUGCUGACACUGGGAAGGCUACAUCAAAGACUACCAAAGCUAAUGUGAGAAAUGGAACCUGCAAGUGGGCGGAUCCAAUCUAUGAAACCACAAGACUCCUCCAAGACGUUAAAACACGACAAUAUGAGGAGAAGCUUUACAAACUUGUUGUGGGGAUGGGUUCUUCAAGAUCUAGCAUCCUUGGCGAGGCCAACAUAAAUCUGGCUGAUUUUGUUGAUGCCUUGAAGCCUACAGCUGUUGCUUUGCCUCUUAACGGAAGUGAGCCUGGAAUCACACUACAUGUCACUGUGCAGCUUCUCACUUCCAAAACUGGUUUCAGAGAAUUCGAACAGCAGAGGGAACUCAGAGAGAGGGGACUACAGACAACCUCUGACCAAGGAAUUCAUGAUGAAUAUGCUGAUAGCAAAGAGUCUUCUCCUGACCAGAAUGUCAAUAAUCAUAUAAAUAAGGUCAACCCAAGAGUGAAAUUGAGAAGAGAAUCUAAAGAUCCUCCCCGUAUUUCUUCUCUUGAAGGAGAGCCAGGCGCAAAUGAAGAGUAUGCCGAGUCAGCUGCUGGAUUUGAUGGCUCUUCUACUACUUCUGAAAGCAUUUAUACUGAGAAGCAUGAUGUUUCCAGUACACAUGAAGUGGACAGCCUUAAAAGCACCAUCUCUGGUGAUUUAGGUAUACAAUCCCUUGGUGAAAGUCCUCAGCCAGGGAAAGGAGAUGCUGCUGAUAAUCAGUUUCCAUCACAGGGCAGUGAUUGGGUUCAUGGUUGGAGCAUAGACUAUUCAGCUGCCAAUAAUUUGGCUGCUACUUCUGUAGAUAGUAGCAGUAGCAGUCUAAAGGGAAAUUUAGAAGCAGUGGAGUCAUCUAUUCUUGAUCUAAAACUGAAGGUGAGCUGUUUACAAAAUUAUGCUGAUGAAAUAGGUGUUGCAUCAAACAAGUUUUCUGAGCAACUUACUGCUGAGAUUUCAUCUAGUGAAGAGCUAGCAGAAGAGGUUGCUGCACUAAAAUCAGAGUGUUCAAAGUUCAAAGAUGAAUUUGAGCAGAUUAAAAGUUCUAAGACAAGCCUUGCAUUUUCUCUUAAAGAUACUGAGACAGAUCAGGAUAAAUCAUUCCAUAAUUUACAACUUAAAUGGCUUAAGGGGCUUUUUCUCAUGGAAGAUAAGUUAAGAGAUAUUCAGAAGGCAUAUAUGGGAUCUCCUGAAAGCGAUUUUAGGUUCCUUAAUUUGGAGUUAGAAGGACUGGUUCAGAUUUUGCACGAUCUCAAACAAGAAUUUGGUGAGCCAUUUUCAGGGACCAAAGCUGCCAUUGGAAGAGAGAACAAGAAAUUGGAUUUACAUAAAAGUGACCAAUUUUUAUCAGAUAUUGGGUCUGUUGCUGGUAUAUUUCAACCUGAAAGCAUGACUCGUUAUCUUACUGUUCCUGGCCUUGUGUCUCAGGAGUUUGAUUCUGUAGAUCCUACACUUGCUAUGAAAGAGAAAUGUUUUGAACUUCUGAGAGAGCUAGAUGAGUCCAAAACCGAAAGGGAAAGCCUUGUGCAGAAAAUGGACCAGAUGGAGUGCUAUUAUGAGGCUCUUAUUCAGGAGCUUGAGCAGAAUCAGAGGCAGAUGAUGGCUGAGUUGCAGAACCUUAGGAACGAACAUUCUACUUGCAUUUACACGAUUUCGGCUGGUAAAACUGAGAUGGAGAGAAUGCACCAAAAUAUGAAUGAGCAGAUCAUGAAAUUUUCUGAAGACAAGCGUAUUUUGGAAUCUCUCAACAGUGAGUUUGAAAGAAGGGCUAUUUCUGCAGAAGCAGCCCUUAAAAGGGCUAGAUUGAACUAUUCUAUUGCUGUUGGCCAAUUGCAAAAAGAUCUCGAGCUUCUUUCUUGUCAGGUUCUUUCUAUGCAUGAGACAAAUGAGAAUCUCAUGAAGCAGACAUUCUCUGAUUCUUCACUUCCAAAUGCUGAUGCCUGCCCAGAACCAGCAAAAUAUCCUCGAAAUUCCGAAGAUCAUACUUCCAAUCGAUUGCUAUGUCAAAAUCACAGUUCUUCCUUACAUAGACAACAUUUAGGUGAAGACAUUUUGCUAAACGAUUUGAAAAGAUCGCUUCAGUUGCAAGAGGGGUUAUACAAACAGGUUGAAGAAGAAAUCUUCCAGGUGCAUUAUGUAAAUAUAUGCUCCGAUGUGUUUUCGAAGGCUCUGCAAGAAACAUUGCUUCAAGCAAGUCUUGACAUUCAACUCAUGAAAGAGGAAAUUGUUCAACUCUCUCAGAAGCUGGAGCUUACAAAUGAAUCCAAUGAGUUACUGGUGCUGAGGUUGCAGAAUGCUACAAACGAUAUCCUCUCAUUAAAUGAGUACAAGGAGAUUUGCACAGCAAAGAGCAAUGCUACUGCUUGCCAGAACCAAAUUUUAGAGGCAAAUUUAAAUGAUCUUGCUCGUGAAAACAAACUUCUUUCUCAGAAAAUUAGUGAGUUGGAAAUUCAACUGACAGAGUAUAGAAGCUGUGAGGACAAAUAUGUGGCAUGCAGUGCAGAAAACUCGGAGUUGCAGAGUUUAUUGAAAAAAGAGAGCCUAGAAAAUAAUAAUCUUCUUGAUAAAAUAGCUAUUCUGCAGGAAGAGCUAAAAACUGUCGGAGCUGAAUCUAAAGAGAUGGCUUCUGUGAAGGAUAAUCUGCAGAACAAUGUCAACUUUUUGUCUGAUAAGUUGCAGAAAUUGAUGGUAUCACAUGCGGAUAAAUACAAUGAACUUUCUCUCUGUAAUAGAUCUGCUUGUUUUGAUUCAGAUUACAAAGACCUAGAAGGUCUCCUAUUGGGACUAGAAGAGCUGCAUCAUAGCGCAUUUGAUAGGAUCCUGCUACUCGUUGAAGAGAAGAAUAUUUUAGAGAAUGAAAAGCAUAUGGCUCAAGUAUCUUUAAAUACAGCAGAAUCAGAUCUUGUAGUCAUGAAACAGAAGUCUGAGCAUGAUUUACGAGAGAUGCAAAGUAACAUAAGUGUGUCUGGUGCCCUAUUGCAGAAACUUCAGUCAGAUUUCGAGGUUAUUGUUGACAGGGUCAAUGCUGGUUCUAAAGCUGAAGCAAUAUACUCUCAGCAUCACAAUGAAUUUUUGUCUGGUCUUGAUAAUUUGGAAGCCGAGUUACGACAACUUAAUUCCAGAAAUCAGGACCUUGCUGAAGAAAUUGUUAACCUAGGUACUUCAUUUAGUGACCUCGAGAUGUGUAAAUUGACCUUAACAGCAAUUACAGAGGAAAAGAAAGCUCUGGAGUUGUCUUUACAGGACAAAACAGAAGAAUGUGCCAAGACUUCAUCUGAGCUUAAUUUUUUGCAAAAGAACAUGAAUUCUCUGCACAAUGAUUUGCAUGCUGAAAAAAUCUUCAGAGAAAAAUUGGAGAAUACAGUUACAGAUCUUACCAAAGAGUUGAAUGAGAAGCAAAGCCAGCUGCAGGAUUCUGAUAUGAACAAACAAGAACUGGCUCAUCUCAAGAAACAGGUAUCAAACUUGGAAUUUGAGAAAUCAAGAAUCUUAGAUCUUCUGCAGAAAUCUGAGAAAUGUCUUAGUGAUGCUUUAAAGGAAUCUUCUUCUAUUAGUUGUCUGGAGACCGACUUAUCUGAAAUGCAUGAAUUUUCAAUAGCUACUGAUGUUGUUGUGAUGUUUACCAGAGCUCAGUUUGAGGGUCAUAUAGAGGAGCUUACUGGAAAACUCUAUUCCACUUGCAGGCAACUGGAUGUGAUUCACCAGAAGAAUCUUGAUGUAGAAUCUGAACUGAAUGAGUGUCUUUGUAGAGAAUUGACUUACAUUGAAGAGAAUACAACAUUGUUGACGAGUCUUGACUUCCUAAAAUCUGAGUUAGAGGUCUUUGCUGCUCAGAGUAGAUCACUAUUUGAUCAAAAUAAUUCAAUAAUAACAGAGCUUAAGGAGAAGAGUAGGACAGAGAAUGUCAGCGAUACUCUUAAUGUACGUGAAAGCGAGUGUGUCCUUGAGGUUGCAAGGCUGGAGCAAUUGCUGGCAAGUUGUCAUAGAGAGGGUGAACAACUCUUUUUGUCCAAGGAAGAAGCUGAACUCAAAUGUAUAGUUCUCCUGGCCAAAUUGGAUGAACUGGAAAGUACAAUUACUAAACUAAAACAAUCAGAUAAUGAGUUAAUAAAGCUGCAGAACCAAUGUAAUGAGCUUAGCAAGAGGCUUUCUGAACAGGUUUUUAAGACAGAGGAGUUCAAGAAUUUGUCUAUUCAUUUGAAGGAACUGAAAGACAAGGCUGAAGCUGAGUGUCUUAGUGCCCGUGACAAAAGAGGACAGGAAGGACCACCGGUUGCUAUGCAGGAGUCCUUGAGAAUUGCAUUCAUCAAGGAACAAUAUGAAACAAAGUUGCAAGAACUUAAACAGCAACUAUCUUUGUCAAAAAAGCAUAGUGAGGAAAUGCUGUGGAAACUACAAGGUGCGAGUGAUGAAAUAGAGAAUAGAAAAAUGUCUGAAGCUUCUCUAAUAAAAAUUAAUGACGAGCUGGGAACUAAGAUCUUGGAGUUGGAGGCUGAGUUACAGGCUGUAAUUUCUGACAAACGUAAUCUGUUAAAUGCUUAUGACCUGUUAAAGGCUGAAAAAGAGUGCUCAGUGAUAUCCCUUGAAUGCUGUAAACAAGAAAAGCAAGAGCUUGAAGCUUCUCUUUUAAAAUGCAAUGAGGAGAAGUCCAAAAUCGAAGUAGAGCUUACCCUGGUGCAGAAAUCGAUUGAGACGUUGAAAUGUAAUGGGAAUAUUUUGAAUGAGGACAAUGAUAUAUUAUCUUCGUCAUUGAAUUCUCAAUCUCAUGAAGCUUGCAGUCAUGAAAAGGAGAGUGAAAAUUCACUCAUCAAUAUGCAAGUGGAGGAUGCUCUUGCAUUAAGAGUUAUGAACGGAUGCCAAACUCUUGGAACUGAAGAGGACUUGCAACAAAAUGAGGAAAGGAAGCACAUGGCUUUAACUGAAAGUUUGAAAUCUAGCAUUGAUCACUUAAAUGAGGAGUUGGAAAGGAUGAGAAAUGAGAAUAUGCUUCCUCCAGUAGAUGGACAUCGCCGUGAGCCAUGUUUUCCAGGUCUGCAAAGGGAACUGAUGCAGUUACAUGAGGCCAAUCAAGAGUUAGGAAACAAGUUUCCUGUGUUCAAUAAAAUCUCAGUCAGCGGUAAUGCAUUAGAAAGAGUGCUUGCUUUGGAGAUUGAGCUAGCUGAAGCAUUGCAGGCCAAGAAAAAGUCAAGCAUCCAAUUUCAGAGUUCUUUCUUGAAACAGCACAGUGACGAAGAAGCGGUGUUCCGAAGCUUCAGGGACAUCAAUGACCUAAUCAAGGACAUGUUAGAACUAAAGGCAAGGCAUUCGGGUAUGGAGACAGAACUGAAAGAGAUGCAUGACCGUUACUCUCAACUAAGUCUUCAGUUUGCUGAGGUAGAAGGUGAGAGACAAAAACUCAUGAUGACCCUUAAGAACACUCGAGGAUCUAAGAAGUAAGAAGCCUCCAGAUUCAUCUAAGUUCGCAGCAGCAUUUUUCACCCCCUUGCACAGGCCAAUAAUUCAUACUACACUAAGAUAUUCAUGGCCCCGUCCUAUUUUCCCUUCUGUUUAUUACAUAUAUGGAGUAUGCAAUAUAAGGGGCACCAUCAGCUAUGACUAGAGUUAAAUUUUUGCAAGGGUUGGUAUGGUAUUACAUCAUUAUAGCAGAUAAUAAUGUGUAAAUAAAGUAGUGUCUGCCCUUGGCUCUUAGAAUCCAAGUAUAUAUCCCUGUAACAUCUUUUACCUGAGCCUGAGUGUUGUAAUUUUUUUUUUCUGUACAGGAACAAGAUCUUACAAGAAUAUUUCUAUUUUAAAAAAUUGUGAAAACUUGUUUCUUAAUCUAUGUAUAUCUUUAUAAUUAAAACGUGUA